AUGAGCUGCCCGCGCCUCGGCUGGCGUCUCGCGCGCCAAUUGAGAUGUCAUGAAGCAUGCUUAACAGGGCUUGAAUCAUCGAGACAAUUCUCGACGACCGCGUUGCGUCUCUCGAAAUCUUCAGACCCAGAGACUUCAUCUUCAUCUUCAUCUUCGUCUUCGUCCUCAUCAUCCUCCCCUGACUCUCCCGACUCCUCACAACCCGAAAAACCCAAAUCCCUUUUUCAAAUUCUCUUUGAAGAAGCCUCGCUCGAUCUACACAGGCCAACACGCCCCCGGCGAACAGCGCCCCGAGCGCCCAAGCCGCCCCCUCCACCAACUAUUCGCCAACCCUUUCCCUCCGAACCGUCCCCAGAUGAGCAAGACCCCUCGAAGAUGACGACGCUGGGCGAGGAACUCGUCAAUUGGUUCACCGAGAUUGAUCCCGAUCUCCGACAUGCGGAACGCUCAGCUCAGGACUUCACUGAGGGAGGGAAGACAGUGCUUGUGAUUAACAGCGUGUCAAGGUCGCUGGUUGAGUCGGAUUUUUAUAGGCUCUCACCACAGGGCCAGCAUAUGGAUGGCUGGACGAGCGGUCUUACGAAGGUCAUCCAAUCCCACUCGCCCUUCACCCGCGAGCCCCGAGGCCAGUACUUCCUCUUCUUCGACACGCGCGGCGCAGCUCAAGCCUACGCCGACGAACUCACCCGUCGCUGUCGCCAAGCACGCCGAUCCCUCGAACCAAAAGCUUGGCCCGAUUUCGACUUCAGCGGCGAUGUCGCGCCCUCCGACGCCUCGUCUGACCCGUCCGAAAACAUCUUUACUCUCCUCCCUCCCACCGCACCCCUCGACUUCGUCAUUCUCUCCCCCGAAGAACUCAUCUCCUACAUCAACGAGGCCAAACGUAAUUCCUAUCCAGGCCGCCCCCCUGAUGAGCAGGACCCCGAGCAGCAGGAGCAAUGCCAACGGCAGCACUCUGUGCCCAAACUACCCCCCAACGCACCUCUCUACCUUCAAGAACAAGCCGAACAACGCCUGCUUCUUCCAGAAACCCUCGCCCAAGUCGCCUCCGUCCCCGACCUAGUGACGAACCACCUCCGCUCAGUAAUCACGCCCCCCUCCGAGCCAGCCGGCUCAGCCGUAACCCAAAAGCAAUGGCUCCCUCCCGGUCAUCGGGUGCUCGUCAAACUGACGGGGAGCAAACUCUCCCUUUCAGCGAUGUACGAAGCGAUUGCUGCAGACGGUAAAGAGCGUAACCUGCCGUGGAGGCUGAUCAAACGGCAGGGGCCGAAAUGGAACGUCAUUUGGCCCGUGCAGGGCCUUAGAGCGGGUAGUUCGCCGAUGGCUGUGCGGGGUGAGAGCGCCGCCGAGGCGCGCGCUCUCGCGCGAGGGAAAUGGAAGCCUGAUCCGGCUACCAUCCCAGACAGCGAAAUAGAAGACCUGCCUCCGCUUCCGGAUCCGGUAGAGGGGGAGCCCGUCAACUGGGAGGCUAUCAAGGAGCGGGAGAGGAGGAAGCUGGAGAGGGCGAAGCAAAUUGCGAAGGAGAAGGCGGAGUGGUGGAGGCAGGAGCGGGCGCAGAGGACCGCGUUUUCAAAGUUUGUAUUGUCAUUUGAGGAUGGCGCGGAGGCGAGGAGGUUUGCGAGGUGUUGGAAUGGGAGGGAGUUGUGGGAUGAACGGACGGAGAGGGUCGUGAGGGUCGAAGCGGUGGCUUUGUGGUAG